AAUGGGGGUUGAGCGAUGGCGGCGCUUGCGUGGCGGGCGGCGCUGUGCUUGGCGGGCGCGGCGCUGUCGCUGUACGCGCUGCACGUCGAGCACAAUGCCGCUCGGGACCCGUCCUACCGAGCCGCCUGCGACCUGGCGCCCUCCGUGUCUUGCACUCGGGUGUUUUCCUCCCGGUGGGGGCGUGGCCUGGGGCUGGUGGAGCCGGUGCUGGGCAAGGACAGCGCCGUGAACGUCCCCAACGGCGCCGUCGGGCUCCUGUUCUACCUGCUGCAGGGGCUGCUGGGGCUGUCCCGCUCCCGCCUGGCCUCGGUGGCGCUGCUGGGGACGUCGGUGGCGUCGGCGCUGGCGUCGCUGUGGCUGGCGGCCGUGCUGGCGUUCGGGCUCCGGGAUCUGUGCCUGGUCUGCGUCAGCACCUACGGGGUUAACCUGGCGCUGCUGGCGCUCAACCUGAGACAAAGGAGGGGGGAAACGGGGAAGAAACGGGACUGAAACGGGGGAAAUCCACCCAAAAUCGAGGGGAAUCCACCCAAAGUUGACAUAGAGGGAGGUGAAGUUACAGCACGUGGAGGAAAAGUUACAUGGAAGGGUCA